AUGAAGGCGGGCGUGGAUGCGGAGAUGGAGCACGAAACCGGGUAUCCAAGAAAAAAAGGUUGUUCGUGUAAAUUUGUGAUGCGCAACAUGCAUUAAUUGAUUGAGCCUGUCAUGCUGUGCCUGCAUUGUAGGGUCCAUUCAGUGGCGUUUUCCCCUACUAUCUGCGCAUGACAGGUUUUUGCUGUCAUGCGAAAGAUAUUUGUCAUGCUGAUCCUCCAAGAGAGUUACAUCUACAAUCUUUUCUUCCUGGAUACCGGGGAGCUGAACACGAUUAUUAUCGAAGAGAAUUAUUUCCGCAGCAGUAAAGACCCCUUCCGGAAAAGGAACCUGCACAUGAGUACCGACGGGCUGAGUUUUCUGUACUUGGACGACCGGUAUCAAAUGUAAAAAUGUCUGGGUCUGGAAGAUUCUGACACUUGUCAUGCACGUUUUGCAUGAGCCCUGAUGUCUGUGAUGCAUGCCCUAGCAUCACAGAUCUUUUGAGAGCUUCUUGAUGCCUAUUCCGCAUGACAAAUGCCCUCUCCGCGUAGCAAAAAUUACAUUCCCUUUGGUACUCAUGCAAUACAAAUUUUUUUGGAAUCCAAAUGCAGCAUCACAAGUUGCAUUCUUCCAGACCCAGACAUUUUUACAUUUGAUAACCGGGACAUUUCGCAGGUCAAAGGGUACAUGUCCCACGACAAAAUAUGCAUUGCAAAAGCAUCGUACUAGUACAAAUUGCAAUACAAAUCGCUCAGCAUGACAAAUUAAAUUUGUAAUGCGGAUCUACCUACAGCCACUAGAUUUGUAAUGCAUAACUGCAAUUAAUAGUACGAGUCCGAUGCUUUUGCACUGGAUACAAAAGGACGAAUAACAAAAUGAUCCGGUGGAACACGCAGGAGGAGUGGGAGCCCGCGGUGACCCCGGAGUUGCCCGAGGAGGAGGAAGACGCCGGGGAAACGUACGGCUUCGAUAUGCAGAACUCGAAACAACAUUUAAAUCAAUUCCUCCAGAAGCGGAAACUCCCGACCGAUGCCAUGAAGGUGGAAAACCUCACCGUCGUCCCCGGGUUCCGUGCGACGAUCGACAUGAUGAUCACCCCGAAAGAGCGCCUGCGCUGCUCCGUCGUCGCGGGUAGCAAGAAGGGUGCGGGCGCGGAGUUAGCGAUGCGGGUGUGCAAAAUGUUGACCCGAAGGCGGUUGAUCGCGAAGGCGAGCGACUUGUUGAAUCCAGAGAACGCAAUCCACGAUCAGAUCGAACCGGGGGAAUUCGGUCUGUCCGCGCACAUGCGGGGCGUGAUUCGGAAGUUCAUCACGCAAACGUGUAACUUUGAACCGGUGGAGUUCGACCCGAAUGCGCCCGUGAUUGACGUGGGGUUGAAGAUCGACGCGGCACCCUGGUCCAUGUCGGCAAAUUACGAGUCGGAGGGGGCGAUCUCCUGGUCCGAGCCGCGGGCCUGCGCGGACCCCUGGGGCGCGACGACCAAGGAGCGCAGUGGAAACCACAUUUACACCGGGGAUGCGGUUAACCAACAGUUGUUACGGGAAUUGCGGCAGAUAUCAAAUGCAAAAAUGUCUGGGUCUGGAAGAUUCCGAGAUUUGUCAUGCAGUUUUUCCAAGCAGCCCCAAGUCUGGAAUGCAGGGUUUAGCAUCACAGGUUGCGCAGCCCCUUGGUGAUGCCCAUUCUUCAUGAGAAAUGCCCUCCCAGCAUGGCCAGAAGUGGGCAUCUUUUGCAUGUCAUGCAUCACAGAUCUUUGUAUGAUCCGCAACACGCAUCACAAGUUCGGAUCCUUCCAGACCCAGACAUUUUUACAUUUGAUAACAGAAACAGUCGAACAAUUUGUAUCAGAUGAUGCAGCGCGACCGGAUUGCGUUGCCGAUCUGGAACAUGCAGCACGAGAUUGUGUCCGAAAUCGAGGGUUCGCAGGUGGUCUUAGUGCAGGGGGCCACGGGUUGCGGUAAGACGACGCAGAUCCCGUAUCAGAACGAAAAAUCCCCCCUCCCCAUAUCGAAAACGGAGUUUGUGUUGCUGUAUUUGAGUACACAAAUGCAGUAAAGGACUGCACGCAGAUCGUAAGCCUAAGGGGGGGCCUCUUGGUCUAGGGGACUAGCAUGACAGACGUCUGCCCUACAGGCCUUGCAGCAUUACAAAUCGCCUGCAUAUCGUGGCGGAGUCUCUGAGUUUGCCCUCUUGCAAGAGAGACAGGACUUGUGGCCACAAAUCAGCAUUGCAAAUUUUUCGAAACAUACCUUUUCAGUAUGGGGAGGGGGGGUUUUUCCUUUUGAUAUCCCGCAGUUUUUGUUGGACUACUACAUCGGGAAGUCCGCGGGUGUGGAUUGUAACAUUAUCGUGACGCAGCCGCGUCGUGUGGCCGCGAUGAGUGUGGCGGAGCGGGUGUGUCAAGAGUAUCCCACGAAAAAACUGUUUCACUGUGAUGAUCUUGCAAGAUCUGCAUCACAAGUUUGUUACACACGACACAGAAAAAAAUUUGCCAUGCGCGCAUUUCCCAUAGGGAAAAACACGGUUGAAACUCCAAUGCUCUAUGCAGGUGUAGCAAGACAAAUCGUUCUGUGCUCCAUUCUCUGCAUCACAAGUUCACAGUGAAACAGUUUUUUCCUGCGAUAAAGAGCGGGGGGAAAGUAUUGGACAGAGUUGCGGGUACAUGGUCAGGUUCGAUCAGGUAUAAAAGAACAGAUAUAAGUUUUGUUGAUCACCUUCGAUAUGCAAAUGUGCAUGACAGGCUGUGAUUUCGAUCUUGUUUGUGCAAUACAGCUUUCAACUAAUCAUGCCCGAUGUUUCAUUUAGGAGAGAAUGCAUGACAAAAAUAAAUUCACGGAACUAUUAAAACUUGUAUCAGAUGCCUCCCCGCGCCUCUGGUUCUAUCUGCUACAUGACGGUGGGUGUGCUACUCAAGCGUUUGGCCGCCGGUCUGCACGGGGUGUCCCACGUGAUCGUGGAUGAGGUGCACGAACGGGAUGUCAACACCGACUUCCUCCUCAUCGUCCUCCGCCGCUUGGUCGCCGCCAACCCCAAACUAUGCAUUGCAAAAGUACUAUCUUCGUACUCGUAUAAAUGCAUUACAAAUUUCCUCAGCAUGAGAAAUAAAAUUUGUACUGCUAAUUUGCCUUAAGAACUGGAUUUGUAAUGCAUGAUUACAAUACGAGUGCGAUACUUUUGCACAGGAUACAAACUCCGCGUGAUUCUCAUGUCCGCGACCAUGGAUUUGGCGAAACUGCAGGAGUAUUUCAGUCAGAAAUCCCGGCGCCAGUGCCGCAUCAUCGACGUGCCGGGCCGGGCGUAUCCGGUGACGGCGUAUUAUCUCGAGGAUUUGGUCGAGCUAUGGAUUGCAAAAAUGUCUGGGUCUGGAAGAUUGCAACUUGUCAUGCUAAAUCUGGAUCAUGCAAAAAUCUGUGUUGCGUGAGUGCCAAAAGCUGCCCACUUUCGGCCAAGUUGGGAGGGGAUUUCUCAUGCAGGAUAGGCAUUAGAAAGGCCUCGCAGAAUCUGUCAUGCUAAGUCCUACAUACCAGACCUCAUGGCUCAUAGAAAACCUGCAUGACAAAUCUGGCAAUCUUCCAGACCCAGACAUUUUUGCAAUCCAUAGGAGCUGUUGAACUACAAACCCCCACCGGCGAAGAAGGACAAAGCUUACUGGAACGGGGACAUUGAGUUCAACGACAGCAUGACGUACAGCGAAACGACCAUGAAUACCGUGCGGAUGCUGAACGAGAACGACAUGAACGUCGAUUUGAUUGAGAAAACGCUUUGUUACAUUAUGUCGCAGGAACUGCGCGGCGGGGUGUUGAUUUUCCUGGCGGGUUGGGACGAGAUCACGAAGUGCUUGAAACACAUGAGGAAAUCGUACAAGUUGCAGGACUGCUACUUUCUCCCCUUACACUCUCAAGUCCCGAAAUCGGAACAGCACUUGGUGUUCCAGCAAUCCGGUCACGGGAAAACGAAGGUGGUGUUAGCGACCAACAUCGCGGAAACCUCCGUGACGAUCCCGGACAUAUCCUACGUGAUCGACACGUGUAAAUGCAAGAUGAAGUACUACCGACCGGUCAACGACGGGCUGAAUUUAGCGACUGCGACGAACCGGGCACAGCCGUUGAUGUCGAGAAUGGAUAUUCACUGGGCAGCGAAACACAACUUGACGCAGCGGAUGGGUCGUGCGGGUCGUACCCAUAGUGGGGUUUGCUUCCGGUUGUGCACGAAGUGGCGGUUUGACCAACUGCCGGAUAUGACGUCACCGGAAAUUACCCGAUCACCCUUGCACCAGAACGCUUUGUAUGGAUUGCAAAAGUGUCUGGGUCUGGAAGAUUGCAACUUGUCAUGCUAAAUCUGAAUUAUGCAGAAAUCUGUGUUGCAUGAGUGCCAAAAGCUGUCCACUUUCGACCAAGUUUGGAGGGAGUUUCUCAUGCAGGAUAGGCAUGGCAGAGACCUCACCGACUCUAUCAUGCUAGGUCCCGCAUUCUAGACCUCGCGAGUCAUGGAAAACCUGCAUGACAAGUAAGUUUACACUCUUCCAGACCCAGACAUUUUUGCAUUUGAUACUUUGAUGGUCAAGUGGCUGCGGUUGGGAGAGAUCAUGCAAUUCUUGACGGAAGCGUUAGACCCACCAAGCCACGAGAAUAUCAACCGGGCGAUCGCGGUAUAAUAUCGAAGAAAAAACAUUGUUAGUGUAACUUUGUGAUGCGCAACAUGCAAAGUGAUUGCGGCUCUCAUGCUGGGGAAUGCAUUGCAAGGUCCAUUCAAGGUGGUUUUCACGUACCAUCUGCGCAUGACAGGUUUUUGCUCUCAUGCCAGACAGAUUUGUAAUGCUGUUUCUCCAAAAAGUUACACCUACAAUCUUUUUUUCGUGGAUAUAUAAACUUGGUGGUUAGAUGAAGUAGAUGUGCAGCAAAAAUUUUUGCGUGGAAUAGAGCAAAUGAUCGCAAAACCAAAGCAAGAUGUUCCAAAAAAAAAUCCAAAACAGGUCCUCCAAGAACUGUACGCCAUCGACCAAUUUCAGCGUCUGACGCCGCUGGGCGUGCAGAUUUCCAAGCUCCCCAUCGAACCCCGCAUGGCCUACGCGGUGCUCCUCUCUUCCCUCCUCGGCGUGGCACAGCCCAUGUGUCUGAUCGCCGCUGCCUCCUGUUACCAGGACCCGGUGCGGUCCGACUCCCCGUUGAAGCAACAAUACGUCCAGAACCCGUGCUAUUCCGACCAGAUUUAUCCACAGUAAAUUUCCCGUACACGUACAAAUGCGGUCUCUGCAUGACAAAACUUGGCUUCGAUCCUAGUUUAGCAUGACAAAUUUUACGCUCCAAAUUGGUGAAAUUUGUGAUGCAUCUUGUACAUGUACGGGAAAUGUGUAUUGCAUAAGCUUUUGAUGCUGAAAAUCCUCUACCAGUUGUUCGACACCCAAAAGCAUUUAAACCCAUCCUACUGUCGUGACAACGGGGUGAAUAUGCAAUGCAAAUAUCAAUCCGGGUCUGGAAAGGCUGAACUACCUGUAUUGUGUGUUUCGCAUAUCUGAAAAAUCUGUAUUGCAUAAGCAGCAAGGAAUAAAGCGCCACACUUUCGUCACGCAAAAGCGCAGUUUGUAAUGCGUUCUGCGUACUAUGAAAAAGCGUUUGAAAGAUUUGUAAUGCUGCACUGCACUGAAAGGCACAGUCAAUCAUGACCAUGCAGCAUUACAAGUUCUUUCCAGACCCAGACAUAUUUGCAAUGCAUAGUGAACGGAAACGUCGUCCGGAUCGUGUUCGAUUCGGCCCGGCAGCUAUGCAAGAAAAAAACUGUGUGUGUGUACGACUCUGUGAUGCAGAAGGUGCAAAACUAGAUUCACUUGUCAUGCUGGAUCUGCGUGAUAGGCUACUCUCAUACGAGUUUCCACAUAGUAGCUGCGCAUGACAGGUUUUCCCUGUAAAAAUGCAAAGCGAAUUUGUGAUGCUGUUCUUCCUUACAAAGUUACACUGACACAGUUUUUUUCCUGGAUAGCAGCUGGAACUGAUGCUGACGCAGAUGGGCUUCGAAACGCCCGUUCGGGUCGCGUGGUCCAAGCAGCGAUGGGACAUGCUGCAACUCCUCCUCUCCGUCGCGAACGACCACUUCGCGCAGCACGCGGGCAGACGGAGAUUGUGGAUCGGGCCCAUGGAAACCGGGAAUAUUCAGCAGGUUUCCUGUUGUUCGGAUGAAGUUGCUGUUUAUCGCAAGAAAAAACUGUUUCACUGUAAACUUGUAAUGCAGAAAAUGUAUCUGAGAAGUGUCUGUCUUGCUACACAUGCAAGACAAUAGAUUUUCAGCUGUGUUUUCCCUUAGGAAUCGCGCAUGGCAAAUUUUUGCUCUGAUGUAGAUCAAACUUGUGAUGCAAAACUUGCAAAAUCCUUACAGUGAAACACUUUUUUCGUACGAUACUGUUCCCCCGCAGAAAUACUUCGUUUUCGAAGAACAGUCCGCGAAUUCCGGUGCCGGGUUCAGGAAAGCGGGCAAGGUGAUCGAGGCGGACAGCACGGAUCCGGUGCACGGGAACGUCCAGUGCCGGAACAUGACGAAUGUUUCCGUGAUCGCGGUCAUGCUCGGAUUAUGAGAGUGCACAAGAACUCCCCCUCGUUCUCAUUUCUAUCGCAUGAACAGCAACACAAGCAGCACCAGAAAAGGGGCUUUCGCAUGACAAAUCUGGAUGCGGAUUGUAAUACCAUCUUAGUGCUUCCAAAAUUUGUCAUGCUAACAGUGCUUACGAGCAAGGUUCAAACUUGGUAUUUUGCAUCAGAAAUGAGAACGAGGGGGAGUUGUGCACUCUCAUACGGAUCCGCGAUGGCGUUGACCUAUUCCCAAGGCCAUCUCUACAUCGACGGCUGGAUGCCGGUGCGGUAUGCAACGAAAAAAGUGUAGUUACAGUUACACAUUGUAUUGCAGAACGUGCUAGACAGACAGGCGCUCUCAUUCUGGAAAGGCAUGUGAGCCUCGUCUCAUACGUGUUUUCCCUUAGGUUUUCUCUGCAUUACAGGUUUUCUCUGCAAUGCAGAGUAAGUUUGUGUUGCUAAAGUUGCAAGAGCAAACGUGUAAGUGUAACACUUUUUUCUUUGCAUAUGCGGAUGACAUACGACACUGCGAGUUUGAUCGGCGCUUUGAAAGCCUGUCUGGAAUCUUUGGUGUUACGAUUAGCCCACACCCCGAAACUCAUCAGUCAGAACGACGCCCCGUUGAUGGAGUUGAAGCAGAUCCUGCAGCAGGUCUGCGACGCCAACAUCGUCAUCCAGCCGGAGGAGGAAGCGGAGGAGGAGGAGGUGAUGGGUAUCGUAUUUGAAAACGUGCCCACCCCAUAG